AAAGGAACAACCGUUAUUGGACUAAAUAUAUAUAUAAGUCUCAACGACUUCUCAAAAUGCCAAGUCUGUAUCUUUAAUAUCAUCCUUUCCAUUGGCCUCACAAAGAUUCAAUUGGCUUGAACAUCAUGGCUACCACCAAGGACUUGCAAAUCGCCAUCAUGGGCGCCGGCAUGGGCGGACUAGGAGCUGCCCUAGCUCUAGCCAAACGAGGUUUCAAGCACAUUGAUGUUUAUGAGACUGCCAGUAGCCUUGGUUUUGUAGGAGCUGGUAUUCAAAUGGCUCCAAACAUGGGGAGAAUCCUUGAUAGGUUAGGGUGCUGGGAUGAUAUUGAGAAGGAAGCUACUUGUGUAGCGGGUAGCAGUAUUCGACAGGGGGCAACUAAUGUUGAGCUGGCUCAUGUUGAUAUGCCCGAUAUCAAGGGAAAAUACGGUUUCUCGCACCUCUGUGGCCAUCGAGCUUCCUUAGCUGGUCAUCUAUACGAAGCUUGCAAGAAAGAGAGCGCCAUUACCUUUCAAUUCGCAACGAGCUUGGUCGAAGUUGAGAGCUUCGCUCCUAAAGUUACCUUCAAGCUCCAGCCCAGAGAUGGGGAGGCAUUCACCCGUGAAGCUGAUAUCCUUCUCGGCGCAGACGGCAUCAAGAGUGUGACUCGAUCUCAGCUCCUCCAACAAGUCAACGCCACGCCUGAAGAGGCCGAAACCGGUCAAGCUGCUUAUCGUAUCAUGCUCAAGCGAGAAGAUAUGGCUCAUGAUCCUGAAUUACUGGCUCUCAUUGAUAGCGACGAGGUUGUAAGAUGGGUGGGGGAGAAGCGACACAUCAUCGCAUACUCAAUCGCCAAUAAAUCCAUUUACAACCUUUCAACUGUCCAGCCAGAUGACAACUUUGCAUCCGCUCCUUCUAUCACAUACACAACCAAGGGAUCUAAGAAAGUUAUGUUGGAAGUGUUUGAGACAUUCUGUCCUCUUGUACAGAAGAUGCUCAACCUGGUCCCUGAAGGAGAAGUCUGCGAGUGGCGACUAAGGAUGUACAAGCCAUUGCCUACAUGGACUCAAGGAUCAGUAGCAUUGUUAGGAGACGCUUGUCAUCCAACGCUCCCCCAUCUUAGCCAAGGAGCUGCAAUGGCUAUUGAGGACGGUUCAACAAUCGCCGAGGUUCUGUCCCUUGCCCCCGACACUCGGCCCGAGACUAUUGCCAAGUGCUUAAAGGUGUAUGAGCAAUCUCGAAAGGAAUGGACCUCGAAUCUGGUCGAAAUGGCAUAUCUGUCUGGUCGAACACUGCAUCUGGGCGAAGGAAAAGCAAAGGAGGAGAGAGAUAGGAUGUUCAAGGAGCACAAGACGAGUGGUUCGGUUCCUGAUAAGUGGACAUCGCCGGAUGUACAAAAGAUGAUUUACACAAAUGAUUGUGUCGCAAAGGUUAGGUCCGAGUUUGAGACAGCCUUUGCCGCAGUAUAGUAUCAUAUCAGUUUUGGCUUGGCAUUCACACCUAGGGACAAAUAUACGUAUUGAGACUGAAUAUUAUGAAAUUAUAAGUCGUACUUUAUCAAGAAAACAAAGAAACACAUAACAUAGAAUCAGAGCUCUAUAGUCAAAUGAUCCCCAACGCCGUGAAACAGGAAACCAUUUCCAUUUGCUGAUGCGCCACGCUGCGCUUCCGAUCCCUCCAUUUGUCUGCAUGUCCGCUAUUGGCGGUGGUAUCGAGUCGCAGUGAAUCGGCAUUUAGAAGAGGCAGUCCAGACAGCAGCAGCACGCCAGACCAGCGAGAAGACCAGUCAUGAUACCGCCACCAGCACCACCGCCUCCUCUCUGAUCAUCUUGGGGAUAGUAGCCCUGAGGGGGAGGCUGUCCGUAGGGGCCUUGUUGAGGAGGAUAGGGACCCUGACCAGCGGGAAAGGGACCUUGUUGCUGGUUGUAGUAGCCCAUCUGAGGAGGACCUUGUUGAUAGUAGCCUUGCUGCUGGCCGCCCUGUUGGAAUUGACCUUGCUGCUGGCCGUAUGGGUCUUGUUGGUAGCCGCCGUAUGUAGGCUGAGGGGCACCUGGGGGAGGACCGUAGGCGGGAGGUUCUUCUUGCUUAAAAGCCAUGGUGUGAUUGUUUGCGACAGAAAAGGAGGUAGUAGAUUUGGGGUAUCGCGCGCAAAGCUAUCGAGAUAUAUGGGCGAAAGAAUUAGCGAUCGCCAAGAGAAAUAAUGAAGAAGUGAAGAUGUGAAUGGAAGAGUGAAAGAGAGAAAGUGGAUGUGAAGGAAUACAAAAGGGAAAAGACAACGGCCUCGGAUAGUGAGGAGAAGUGCCCAAAGCCACUCGUAGUAGAUUGGUUUUUGGCGUUGGUGCCAAAGUCAGUCUCAAGCUCCCUCCCUCCU